AUGGUAUUCUUUUCUGCCAUCUUCCAAUUUCCCAUCUCCAAUUACUUGGCUCUGUUCACUAAAUACGACCUCCUUACCUAUGACAAGUUGCUGAUCUUCUCUUUUCUCUGCUUACAGGCAAUGGGAUGCAUCUUUGUAGGGCUUUGUCAAGUGGGCACAUGGGACUGCUUUGAUGAGUUCAACAGACUUGAUGAGCGUAUGCUUUCUGCUGUUUUUCAGCCGGUUCAGUGCAUCCAGGAAGCCUUGCAAGAUCAUUGCAAUCCAAACUAUAACAAGACUUCCGCACGGAUCAUUUGUAAGUUGCUGAAUAAACAAGUUAAAGUGAGCCCAGACAUGGCUAUCUUCAUCACCAUGAAUCCUGGUUAUGCGAGUAGAUCAAAUCUUCCAGACAACUUGAAGAAGCUGUUCUGUAGCUCUGCAAUGACAAAGCUAGACCGCCAGCUGAAUGCCCAGGUCAUAUUGUAUUUCCAGUGUUUCCGUACUGCCGAAAUGCUUGCCAAUAAGAUUGUACCAUUCUUCAAACUCUGUCAUGAGCCGCUGUCUUCUCAAAGUCAUUAUGACUUUGGCUUAUGA